AUGACAGAAGAUAUAAAUCAAUUAAAAAAAAAAAAUAAUGAGAGUAAUGUAAGCAAUGAUGAAGAAGAUCAUAGUGUAGAUGAUGAUGUCUCUAUUAACAAUGAUAAUAAAAAAAGUGAGAAAAAGAAAGGUUAUGAAAAGAUUAUAGAAGAAAUAAAAGAAGAAAAUAGAAAUUCUUAUAUAUCAAAAAUAAGUGAACCAAUAUUAAAAAAGAAAUAUUUAAAAAAUGUUUUAAAAAUAUUAGAUUAUAUAUAUUAUGCAAAAUUAAAUAGUUCUCAAAUCUUAAAAACAAAUAAUUCAUUAGAUGAAGAAAAACAAAAAUUAUUAAAAAAAAAAUUAAUAGUUAUAGGAUUAACUCAAGUAAUUAAAUGUAUAAGAAAAGGAUAUAAUGGUAUAGUUCUUAUAGCAAUAGAUGUAUUCCCUAUUAAUAUUAUUUGUCAUUUACCUUCCUUUUGUGAGCAAUAUAAAAUUCCAUAUACAUUUGUAACAACCAAAAAUAAAUUAGCUCAUCUAUGUAAACUCAAAAGAUCUAUAACAUGUUUAUUUAUAUUAAAACCAGAUAUUCAUAUAUCAACAUUUGAACAUACAAUUAAUGAAUAUAAUCCAAAAAAAAAAAUACAUAAUUAUCAAAAAUUGUAUGACAAAUUAAUAUCUGGGGUGAAGAAAAACCACCCCUUCUUUCAAUCCUGA